ACCACGCGCGGUACGACUAUAAAAACCGGCGGCAACGAAAUGAGAGCAAUCAGUAGCCUUCGAGCAGUCUACCACAGAAGUGCAAGAUGAGAGUUCUGAUUGUCGCCGCCGCCGUCCUCGCCUGCGCCGCAGCCGCGCCCUCUGGCGCCCUGCUGGCCGCACCCUACGCUCAUGGCUUAGUGGGUCUUGCCAACCCCUAUGCCGUAGCGCACGCCGCUCCCCUAGCCGUAGCCCACGCCGCCCCUGCUCUGCCCACCAUCUCUCCCGGAGACAUCCAGGGCGCCGCCAUUGACGCGCACGUUGAGGCUUCCGACCACGCCCGCGCCGCCGUCGACGCCGCCCGCGAACUGCACGACCAGGCCUCCGAGAUCCACGGUCAGGCCGCCAACGCCGCCGAAGAUCACUCAUGGCAAGCCGUAGACGCUGUCAAGACAGCCCAGGCUCAGUUGGACGGUGCCGCCGCCGGUGUCGCUCCCGUGCUGGCUAAGCAGCUUGCCGGUCACGUUGCCCCCGUGGCCGCGUACGCUGCCGCGCCUGCGUUGAUCGGUCACGCCGCUUACGGUCACGCCGCCAUCGCCCCGGCCGCGUACGCCGCGGCGCCUGCCGCCUACGCCGCUCCCGGUUUGGUUGCGGGUCACGCCAUCGCCGGCAGCCGGUCUGUGGCCACCCAGUCCCUUUCCCAGACCCACCCCGCACCAUACCUGCACGCGCCCGUCGCCUAUGCCGCUCAUGGUGCCUACGGACACGGACUCGCGCAUGGAUGGUAAACUGUGAUAGCUUUUAGAUACCAAAUCUAAUACUCAGAUGUUUGGAAUGUAAUUUAAAUGUAAAAAAUGUACAGGCAAAAUAGGCGAGGAUGAGUGAAUAAAUGAAAUAGUAAAUUAA